UCGAUGGGAUGGAAUAUCUAAUUAUUAUAUACUGUAAGUGAAUAGCUUCACAGCUGAUCUAUGAAGAUUAAUUCCCAUAAAAUUUUUUUUGCUGGUUGUGGCAAGUUGUAUUGUUUUUGUUGACGAAAAAAUACUUUAGAAUAAAAGUAUAGUAUACAAUACAAAACUGUUUACAUAAAUCUAAUGGAAAUUCAUCGCGCAUCGGUCCUUUUGAGUGGAAAGGAAGAAAUUUUGUCCCUUUGUAAUAAAAACAAAGAAAUUUUGGAAUGUAUUUCAGGAAGAAAUAAUUUGGAAUUAGCGGAUUUUAAACUCUUGAAUAAUAUGAAUCUACGAAAGAAAGGUUGCAAUGAACAAAUCAGACCCGAAAAUUUCGAAAAAGAUGAUGGAUAUAAUAUGAAUAAGUUGUUAAAUCCACAAGAUAUAUAUGCUAACCUGCAAAGAGAAAAAUCAAUAAACGUUUAUUGUCGGACUAGAAAGCACACAGAGAAUCAGCAACUUUCAGAUAAAGAUCUGAACCAGAAUAUAGCAGACAUUUUUGAAAACAAUAUGAAAGCUGUCCUCGCAAAUAUGAAGAAAUACUUACUAGAAGAGCCACUUUCAUCUGAAUUGCAAAAAUCUUUUAAGCAUAUUUUUUGUCAUACAGAGGAUGCAUUGUCCUGCCGGAAAAGUGGGUACAAGACUGUAUUAAGAAAUAUGAGUUUCGAAAUUUUAGGGAAGUCUCCAUUACAGCCAAUAGCUCGACAGAAUGGCAUACAGUUGCUGCAAGAAUUUCAAGAUUUUCCAUUGUUUUGUGAAGAAAUAAUUAAUUACUUAACAAAAGUUUUAAUGCGCUUAUCUGUGUUAAUCUAUGAGAAUACGUCUGAUGGUUUAAAAGUGGUUGAUGAAACAGUAUUUUUACUGCACUCAUUGAAAAAACUUUUGGAGAUAUUUUCGGAGAUAAGCAAGGAUUUAAACAAUGAAUUAGUUGGCAACAAUUCAAAAUAUAUUGAAUAUAAGAAAAGUUACAAUAAUUCGAUGUGGAAGAGUUUUCAACACAAGAAAGUGCAAAAAUGGAAGGCCCGAGUAGAAAAAUUUAGGAAGUCAAACUAUGCGCAGGUGUCUUUUAUAGCAGGAAAAUGUGCUGAAUUACUUAAUAUUCACUUUGAAUAAAAAAUGCAAGUUUUUUGGAUCCUAAUAAGAAAACCAUUACUUUUUAUUUAUAAAUGCGUACAGCAAAUUUUCAUAUUUUAAAUAUUUUUAGUGUUUCAUACUAAAUACGUUCUAAGGAUUUAAUAAGAAAUAUUUAAAUUCUCAGAUAUUACAUUGUAAUACUUAUGUCUAUAUGAUAUUAAAUACUUGUAAUUAUGCAAGGCCUUCUUGUAGACACGGA